AUGUCGACUCGAGGCGGGAAGGGUCUUGGCGGUGGUGGCGGUGGCAAGAAACGAGAAGCUGCGAAACCGUCCAGAGGCGCCCUGACUAUCGCAAACGUGAAAAAGCUCAGGGUAGGUGGUGAAUUCUGUUGCGGCUUCUGUGGGUGUUGCGACAGCGGUGAGGCCGUCGCUGAUUGCCAGGUCGAGGUCUGCCAGAAGUGCUGGAAGCGCUACUUGGCCGCGCUCACCACCUACGGCGAUAUCAGUUUCGUUAUGGAAGGCGUUCAAGACGAGGGCAGCACGAUCCACGCGGAGUGGCAGGAGUCUGGACGGAUCGAGGACGGGGUUAUGCGCACGUUUUUCUCUAGCGACGUGUCUGAUUCCAAGUCCUUCGAGGUAAAGGUCACCAAGCCGAUGAUUGGCUUGGCCCGCCAGCAAGUCAUUGCCGCCUUGGGCGGCCACGAGCCCGACAAGGUCGGCCUGCGGCUCGGCGACCUGGUGGAUGCAGAGGGCAACGCCUUCAAAGGCGUCCUGGUGCCGAAUCCCAGCAGGCCGUACCUGGAGGUCGAUGUGUCCACCACGAUGUCAAUCACCAGGGACACGACGAAGUUGAAGGGGGGCGCGCAGCUCUUCGCGGACCAGGGCAAGAAAGCAUUCGAGUACGAAUGCAACGAUGCGAAGACCGAGGCACACACGCUCGAGACGCUGAAGGCUAAGGGUGAGAACUACCAGAGGUUGCUCGACUCCGAGAAGGCUAAGGGUUCUGCCGCAUGUGAUGAUGGUGCGUCGUCGACGGGCGACGCCUCGACAAGGCCGCCUGAUGCACCUACUUCGGCACUCAGCCCAGGCCCGUCAACCAUGAGUGCCCCUGCGUUGAACCCAGCUGCGCUGCGCGACUCCGUCACGCACUACAGCGGCGAGUACAGCGAGAACAAGAGGCAGAAGGCCACUUCAGGGAAGGCAGCACGGAAGUCCCCCGCAACGGCGGGGGCUACCCCCGAGAAGUCCGAGAGCUACGAUCUCGUGCAGCGGAGGAAGGGGGCCCUCAAUCUCGAGAGGUGCUGGAAUGGGGACGCCAUGGGCAGGGGGAUCCGCUGGGCCAGGGAUGCUGUCGCAGCCAUCCUGGACAAGGCUAUCCCUGGCGAGGCCGAGCUGGCUGAUGAGCUCGAUGGUCAUCGCAAGCUCGCCGAGGCCAUCUGCGGCUUGAUGGAAAAACCAAUCAAGAACAUCAACCAAGAUAAGCUCGACUCGUAUCUCGUCGUCAUCGAAGGCAUGACCGAAGACGUGAGGUCCGCCGUCAAGAUCGAGCUCUUGAAGACGAGAUUCAGCAACAUGAUCUUCGCGGGCAGUUGCACGGCCUCGGAUUUAUUUCGGGUGGCCGCCCCAUGGAACACACUCACCGACACCGACGAUGCAACGUUCAAGCCGCGCGACCCGCGCGUCUACACCAUUGACGGUUCCAAGCAAGACAAGAUCUCAAUGACCGACUCCCUCAUGAUUGACGUGUAUAACGGGCACAUCGCGAACGGCAAGGCUGGCAAAUCCAGCUUGAAGAGGCUAUGCGUGGAUUGGCUCGACUGGGUGGACGACAACGUCGUCGACGAUGAGGACUACGACCUGCUCAUCACCAGCCUGAUCACCUCAUGGAAAGCGCUGUUGAGUUUCAUCAAUCCGAAGGUCACCCAGUACGAUGACGCUGUGACUGCGUUGUCGAAUUGUGCAGAGAGCAAGCCUGGACAAGCGAGCCUUCGCCAUCUCGCCUUGCUGAUCAGGCGGCCUGCCGACUACACCGAGAUGAAGGAUGAGUAUCACAAGUUUUACAAGAGGACGAAGGAGCUGCUGCCCACCGUCGCCAUGCAUGAGAAAAAUAUGAAGGAGAUGACUGUAGCGGCGUUCGUGGAUGGUGGGCACAUGUUGGCUGCCCUCCAGACAGUGGCGAAACUUCAGUUAGAGUGCCGGCCUGGCUCUUGGGAGGGCUUCGAGAUCGAGCUGACUGCGAAGCUCGAGGAGUACGUGCACGGAAUCACCGUCGACAAGAACUACGCGAAGAUGGACAACACCACCCAGACGCAGAAGCUGUCCGAGGCGAAGGUGCUGUUGCAGGAAGCCAAGAAGAACUUGACUUCCAAGAGCUCUGCUUGGCAAAUCGCCCUCAAUGAGGUCGGAGACGCUGAGGCGGGCAUCAACCUAUGGAACGCGAACCAGGGGCUCGCGUCGCUGGCACAGGCUUUGACUGCAGACUCCCUCAAGGACCCUGCCAAGCGCCAGAGCGCAAUCCCUGUCAUUGACUCCGCCCUGGCUGCUGGAGGCCGGAGCUCCGAGGCGCGCGCAGAGAGUGCCAAGGCAAUCCAGGCGAGUGUCACGGCAUGCAUCGGGAACCACUGCGAGAGUCCUGAGUCCACGGAGCCGUAUGUUUGCAUCUUGAAGAAGAUCCUAGAGGCAAAGUGGUUGACUGACAAUGGCAACAAGGAGUUGACCAGCUUCGUCAAUUUACUCGAGCGCUGGGGCCCAAUAGUCGAGCACAAGAAGCAAUGGGAAACACUGGGUGGAGACGACGGCAAGCGCUUGGAGGAGGCGUCGGCGAAGAACAUCAUGGUCUCCUUGCUGUCCUCCUUGGAGAGGGUGAAGGAAUUCAUGAACGACCCCACGGCCUUGAUGCAGUUGUGCGACCAAGCGGAGCCCAAGAGCACAGGAGGCGCAUCGAAAGAUCAGCCGUGGCAUUCGACAUUGAAUGCAGACGCGUCGGCGAAGGGCGUCAUCGAGCUCGGCAAAACCACGCUCCUCAAGAUCAAUGCGUCCGAGUUCAAGAGUAUGACGGAUAGGCUGAUCCACGCGAUGGGCACCUACAACGUGUGGUCCACGGUGAUCAACUACACGACGGACGCCGCCCUCGUCGACAGGGCCCGCGAGAUCAAAGCCGACUGCUUGGCCACGAUGUUUUCGGCGAAGCUCAUCCACGACCAGAUCGAGCACGCGGAUGCGCCGACGAAGCUCCGCAGGGCCGCGAACAAGAUCAAGCAGAGCGUGAACUCCGCGGGAGUGCUCGACAGGAUGCCCCAGCAGCUGCGCGACAUGAUGAAGAACAUGUGCUCGCUCAAGGCGGCCUGA